GCCUGACGGCAGUCCGGGGGUUAUUUAUAAAGUAAAUUAAAAAGUUAGAGAUAUGAGUCGAUAGCACUUUGUAUUGGACAACGUAUUGGAUUAGCUGUCAACUUCACGCUUUAGUCCAAAAAAUGAAAGCUCUUUGAUUGGUCAACCAUGGCCAAACUAAAUAAACUCGGGAAUAACAUUGAAAAACAAUUGUUGACUAUUAAAACAAAGUUUUCGAUGUACACAUAAAUUUAAAACGUAAUUAUAAAAUGGAAAAAUAAUUUCGAAUAAUAAACAAACAGGCGUAUGCUAUUAGAAAACGUAAUGUUCAUCAGCAUAUAGAUAUAAACGAGAUUUAAAGAGGUUAUUUAUUUAUCGGCAUGUCGGCGACGCGAAGCAAUUGAAUUUAAUACAAAAAUAAAAUUUGGUUCCACAGCACGAGACUUUUGAAUUAUUGAAAUUCAAAUAAUUUUAAAAUGGCAGAUGAGGAUAACGUUUUGUUUGUGAGAAAAAACUCUAAACAGAGAUCUGCUGUAACUGACGCUAUUGACGAUGACUGGGAUGACACAGCUCUCAUCAAGGCCUAUGACAAAGCGGUAAAUUUAGCCAAAGAUGAAGUAGCAAGACGCAUGGGUGUUGAAGCACAAUCCACAUCGCACGGCAAACAGAGCAAAGCGCAUAAUCACAAACCGAAUCGACAAACAGCCAAGCCUUACAAGAAAUGGGUCGUAGGCUCUCCUUGUCGUGCUGUAUGGUCUGAGGAUGGAGAAGUUUAUGAAGCAGUGAUACAGAAAAUUUAUGAAAGUAGCGCUACUUGCAUCGUCAAAUUUAUAGGUUACGAAAAUUCAGCUAAGGUCGAUAUCAGUUCGCUUACUGAGUCUCUGGGUCUCGGUAGUCAAAUAGCUCAAACUAAAGAGGCAAAUGCAGAAAAAACUAGCUUCAUAGAUAUUGGAGAAUCUGAUUCUGCCAAUAAUCCUGAAAUGAUAAACAUGGUUAGUGAGGAUAAGAUGGAGUUAGACACCGAUGAUCAAAAGUUACCCAAGACAAAUUUUACCACUGGAACAUCUCUUGGUUGGCCAUCUGGCAUUGUACCUCCCGCACCCCCUUUACCGCCACAAUUAAUGACCAGGCUACCGGAAAGCGAUGGCGAUGCACUUUCGAGCAUGUUGAUGUCUUGGUAUAUCAGUGGAUUUCAUACUGGAUAUUAUCAUGGUAUAAAACAAGCCAAGGAGAAUCAAGAGAGACGGAAAAAGUGACACAAUUUAUAAUUUCUCAUUAAUAAAUUGAAUUGAUUGAUUUUUGUAAAGAAAAAUGAUCUAUUUAUACGAAAUUCAUAAUAAAAGUAAGUCAAAUUUUGAAGAA